AAGAGCAAAGCAAGUUGUGGUAUGUAGCAGCUAGGCUGGGGGAGGGUUAAAAAUAAUCACCUGCCGUUGAAAUGAGCCUUGGGAAGUAGGAAGUGCUGCAGCUCAAGCUUCCUGUAUAAAUAAGUGUGGCUUUCUCACAGCUACAGCAUAUGUGUGGCGAAAUGCAUUUUAAGAGAUAAUGGCAACAUGCUCCUAAUGGUAGGGAGGAGAUUAUUCCUCAGAGCCCUGAGAGGGUUGGACGAUGAGUUCCUUUUUAGAUCUAUAAUGUGUCAAGCAUUCAGGCUGUGGGAGAAGGAAGGAAGGCAAGGAAGGAAGUAAAAGACAAAUAUGUUUCUUCAGACUUUGAGCGGCUGCCGGCUGUGACAUGUCGUUGAAGCACUGAAGUGUGAGUGAAGCUAUUGAAAAGUCAAACGCCUGGGAGAUAAUUCUGCUUUCCAUCUACAAGAUCUAGUGGGCCUGGGCCUCUUCUGGAAAGAUCUGAUACUGCACCAUGACGACUGGAAUAUCAGAAGUUGGGGAAUUAUCCUUGGAGCCUUUGCUCACUUGCAAAUUGUGCCUAUCUGAAUAUUCACUGGAUAAGAUGACUGCUCUUCAAGAUUGCAGCUGUAUCUUUUGUACAUCGUGCCUAAAACAAUAUAUGCAGAUAGCCAUCCGUGAAGGUUAUGGUUCUCCUAUCACUUGUCCAGACAUGGCGUGCUUAAGCCGGGGGACUCUGCAAGAAACUGAGAUCUCCAGCUUGGUACCUGCUGAACACUUUCAGUUAUACCAGCGAUUAAAAUUUGAGAGAGAAGUGCAUCUAGAUCCACUAAGAACUUGGUGCCCCUCCGCUGACUGUCAGACUGUGUGCCAGAUUGAACCAAGUAAAUCUGGAUUACCGGUGCCUGUAAAGUGCCAGGCUUGCCACUUGACAUUCUGCUCAUCAUGUAAAGAACCUUGGCAUCUAGAGAGAUCUUGUCUGGAAAGCAACCUUCUUGUGGUACCAAAUGAGCAAGGAGCACUUAUCAGGACUGAUGCAGAAGCUCCAAUUAAACAGUGCCCAAUUUGUCGGAUCCAUAUAGAGCGGAAUGAAGGCUGUGCUCAAAUGAUGUGUAAGAACUGCAAGCACACAUUUUGCUGGUACUGCCUGCAAAAUCUGGAUAAUGAUAUCUUCCUAAGACAUUAUGACAAAGGUCCCUGCCGAAACAAACUGGGCCAUUCCCGUGCCUCAGUAAUAUGGAACAGAACACAGGUUGUUGGGAUUCUUGUGGGCCUGGGUAUCAUCGCUCUUGUAACAUCUCCCCUACUGCUCCUAGCCUCGCCAUGCAUCAUCUGCUGUGUCUGCAAAUCCUGCCGAGGCAAGAAAAAGAAACAUGUCCCAUCAACAACCUAACACUUUCUGCCUGUUGGGUAUGAACAUCUGUAUCAUCUGUGCCAGGGAGAGGACAUGAAGGCUCAUCUCGGGUGCCAGUGCUUUACCAACCAAUUCCCCUUCUCUUUGCCAACUUCUGCAAAAAGUGCCUACUGUUUCACAGGACACAAUGCUAUUUCCAAGUUGUAGUUCACUGGGUGGAUGUCGAUUGUUCUGUUUUGGGUUUUGUUCUGUUUUUUUUUAAAGAGUUGCAUAUUUUAAAGAUUCUUCAGAAUGACUCUCUUCUAUUUUAGUGUUGCAGAUGAAGUUACAUUUCCCCUCAAAUUUUGGUUAUGUAUCCAUUUUAGAGCACUUUAAUUCUAUAUCUUCUGAAGCAGUUCUACUGUUAAAUGAGGGGAUAUAAGUGAAUGACAUAGUCCUGUCUUCAGAGAUCUUCGAAUAUUAUAAGUUUUAGCAUUGCAACGACUGAAUGACAGAGCAAAUUUUAUUUCUAUUUUUUUUUAAAAGCUGAAGCUGAAAAGUGAGAAGUAAUAUAAAAUAAAGUAUGGUUGUAACAGGAAUCUUGUCAAUAGGCAUUAACUAAAAGCACAAGCAGAAAUAAGAAGUGACUUUAAUGGUGGAAACUGCCUUAGUGCAGUAUUAAAAACAAUGUUAUGAAGGGUGUUGUUGCAAGAACCUAGCUCAACAGGCCAAGCACAUUUCUCCAUAUGCCAAAUCCUAGCUCAGUCAGGUGGUGGAUGUAUUUGUUUUAAGUAUAUUGUAAACCCUGAAUAUCCAGCUGUGUGCUGUGUGGUGAGAUGUGACAAGACAUGGUGACUCAUGAUGUGAGUGGAGGGUGGGUACUUCACCUUGAAAUGAUGGGAGAAGCAUCCUCUGCUCAAUUGACAUGCUGGCUGUGGUGACAAGUGUAGUAGAGCUUAGCAGUGGGCAAGAAGAAAUUUCCCACAGGAUGCGAUACCAUCCAGCCUGUACUGUACAUACUUUCUCUUCAUUGUUAUAUUUCUGCUACCCUCUUCCUUUUCUGAGGCUCAGUAGAAGAGGAAAAACCAUCUUAAAGCUCUAUAUUGCAGUAGAUGAGUGCUCCACUUAGGAUAGUAUGUGAUGUGCUUGCUAAAAAAAAAGAAAAAAAUGUGAGAUUUUAAAGUGCAUAUGUUUUUUUAAAAAAAAUAUUCCAAACCUAGUCAAAAAUACCACAACAAAUGCAGCCACAUAAGAUUGAGCUAAAGAACUUUGAAAAAAGUUUAACUUGGAGCAAUUUCUGUAUAUAAAUAUAGCAAGUGACUGCAAGAUUUCAAGUGAAUGAGUCUACAUCUCACAAAAAUAAAAUCCACUGCUCCAUAAUACAGAGCCAUAGCUAGACUUGUAAAACAUGCAAACAGGUAAAUUAAUAGACUUGGAGAAAAAUAAUGUUACCUGUAUCUACCUGGUGUUCUACAGCCAGGAUUUGAAACCAGUCUGGUUUGUUCAUAUUUAUAUAAUUUAGGACGGUUGGUUUCACCCUUGUUUUGGAAGCACAUAUGUAUAUGAGAGAAAGAUAGGAGUGGAGACCAUCCUUUUGCCCAGUCCGUUUGGAGCUGGUUUAGUUCUUAAAACAGCAUAACUCCAUGCUGCUAUUCCCUUGAAUGCUCCAAGUGUGUGGCAGCUCAUCGAGCAGGGUACAUACUCCCACCUUAAUUGCUCAGGGGAACUUUCCUAAACUGAUUAGCUAGCUAAGUGUUGUUCUUUUGUUUGGCCCACAGUCUAUAUUUUCACUGUUAAAUGGAAGAAAAGCAUUUUAACUCCAAGAGCUCCUACUAGAAAAUCUUACUUUACAGUGGUAGCAGGGAAUGUGAUCAAGGCCUGUUGGAUCUCUGAUUGAACCACAUGAAGUGCUGAUGUUGCAUUACAUAUCUUUGCCAAUGAGAGUUCAAUAUUGUGUAUGAUUUGUAUUAAAGCCAUUUUCCCUCUUUCUGCCAAAGCUGCUUUCUUUUCAGGAUGACCAUUUUGUUACCCAUAUUGUUUGAGUAUUGCUGUAUUCAGGCUAGAAACCAAAUCCACAGGAGCACUAUUUAGACAUAGCAUGGAUGGAGUAGAAAGUAAACACUGAAACUUAGGUAUUUCCUUUGUUCUGGUGAUCUGUCAUGGGUUAUGUGAAUAAAGUGAGAAUAAAGAAUUGACCUUGAA